ACCGUUUCAAAUCCCUUCCCACUAGCAAAAAUUAUUCAAUGGUGUAUUGAUGCUCUACACCCUGUAUUUUAUUCCCCCCAUAAGUGACUCCACAAGGGUCCGCCCUUCCUUCCCACCUCUUGCUUUAAGGACAACCUCAGCUAACCUGAUCUUUCACCCUCCUUUAAAGCCUCUCCAAGAGCUACAUAGAGGCUUGACAAUUCACCCAGACCUCAGACUUCCCCUUCUCCACUCCUACAAAAAGCCAAAUGGGUAGGAAACUUGGCCUAACCUCUCUCUUCUUUAAGACUAGAGACACAAGGCCUUCUCCUUCUUCCAUGUCAUCCUCUCCUAGUUCUUCAUGGGCUUGGCCUUCUUGCAAGCAACCAAGGACUCUCUCCUUCAGGGCUGUGGGCGAUGGUGAUGGCGAUGCAGUGCACAAGACCGUCAGGUCAGCACACUUCGACUCGUCCGAGUCAUGCUUCACCACUUCGUCAGCCAUGGAAUCUGAGAGCUUCUCAACCGUGUCCGAGGCCUCAGGGGGUGAAACAGUCGAGGCUGUCAUACGUGGGCUAAGGUCAGACCGGCUUUUCUUCGAGCCUGGUAGCACGAGCUCGAUACUGGAGGAGGCCUCCGUGGCUGAAGGUGUCCCAUUCGAAGGGAGCGUCGCCAUGGCGAUGGACUCGAAGGACCCGUACUGGGAUUUUAAGGUGUCAAUGGAGGAGAUGGUGCUGGCGCAUGGGGUGAAGGACUUGGGGUGGCUUGAGGAGAUGCUGGGGUGGUACUUGAGGGUGAACGGGAAGUGGACUCAUGAGUUCAUAGUUGGGGCAUUUUUAGAUGUGCUUCUAGGCCUUGCUUCUCCUUCUCCUUGUUCUUCUUUCACUUUUCAAGUCGAAGAAAAAGAGGAAGGAAAUGGGUUAUGUUAACUCAGUUUAUUUGAUCCAUGAUGGCAUCUGAUCUGUGUGUACAUUUGUAGGUCUAUUUGAGAGUAAGCAACAGGAUGCUAUACGCACCAUCUCCCUCUCUUUCAUGUUCUUGGGAUGAAACAAGUUACGUUCAUAUGGUCAUCUCAUUGUAUAUUAAAAUAUUACUAGAUUUAUACAAGUG